CAUGAGAUGCGGGCGGUCAUGUACCUACAGUGCUAACAAACAACCUUGGAAUACUGCAAAAUGACAAUAAGCCGCGUAGUUGUCGUCCCCCUAGGCAGUGGUGGGCGCGCGCGCGUGCGGUCGAUCUGUCUCUGAUGUGGAUGGAUGGAUAGAUGGAUUGGAUGGAUGGGGGAUGGUCGCUCCCGGGUCGGUUCGGGUUGGGGGGCGGAUUGCUGCUUGGUGGGCUGAGGCUCCGCAGUACGCCAGCGGACAAUAUCCCGAUUGCUGGAAGCCGUGAAGAUGUCGGUCCGGAGGGAAGGACGAGGUUCAGACUCGAAAACAGCGAGUUGCGGUGUGGUGGAAGGAGAGUGGAAGGAGAGUGGACAGGAGUCGUUGUUGUUGUUGUUGGAAUGGGAAGGGGAGGGAGUCGGAACGGAACAGGUAGAGAGAGAGAGAGAGAGAGAGAGAGAGAGAGAGAGAGAGAGAGAGAGAGAGAGAGAGGGAGAGCGAGAGAAGGUAGGGAGAAGUACAGUCGCUACUACUCACUGUCCUGUGAGAGCUUUGCGGUUCAGGUUCACCAACGACCAUCUGUACCACUUCCCGAAUUCGUCUCCCACUGCCUUUCUCCUCCAGCCCUUUUGCCGAUCUGUUGUUAUUCAUGAUGGAUUGUGCGUGCCAAACUCGCGAUCCGGGCUCGAAAUGUAGAGUAAGAUCAGUCAGUCAGUCAG